CUUUCACCCGGAGUCAACCCAGGAGCACGGAGCGCAUCCUCCUCGCUCGGACCCCGCGGGAAUUAGAAAAGCAGCCCCGCGCACUCUCUGACAGCCGAACAACCCCGGCCGAGCUCUGCGGUGUGUGAGAGAGGGAGGGAGAGAGACUACCCGCAGACACAGAGAGUGAGGAGAGGGAGAUGGGUACGGAGGCGCGCAGUUGCCCGUGAUUGUCCAGUGAACGGCGGUGAAGUUGCUCGGCUCCUCUCGGAUCCUUUCCCCUCCAGGUCGUUGAGUGUGAGAUUGUGUGUUCAGCAUGAGUAACAUCUAUGAGUCUGCAGAGGCCACGCUGGGCUUCAUCAGCUCUCCGUGCCUGGCUAAAGUGGAGCUCAGAGUUGCCUGCCGGGGGAUCUCGGACCGCGAUGCCCUCUCCAAGCCUGACCCCUGCGUGGUGCUGAAGAUGCAGUCGCACGGGCAGUGGUUUGAGGUGGACCGUACCGAGGUGAUCCGCAGCAGCAGCGGCCCCGUCUUCUCCAAGAUCUUCCUGGUGGAUUACUACUUCGAGGAGGUGCAGAGGCUCCGCUUUGAACUCCAUGACAUCAGCUCCGGCAACAACGGCCUCCGUGAUGCCGACUUCCUGGGAUCCAUGGAGUGCACCUUAGGACAGAUCGUCUCCCAGAGGAAACUGACCAAAGCUCUACUGAAACAGGGAAACACUUCGGGGAAGUCGUCUAUAACAGUGACAGCGGAGGAGUUGUCUGGAAACGACGAUUACGUGGAACUCUCCUUCAGCGCUCGUAAGCUCGACGACAAGGAUUUCUUCAGCAAGUCGGACCCCUUCCUGGAGAUUUUUAGGGUGAAUGACGAUGGCACUGAGUCGCUCGUGCACAGAACUGAGACAGUCAUGAACGACCUGAGCCCGGUUUGGAAAUCCUUCAAAGUUUCCUUGAACACGCUCUGCAGCGGCGACCACGACAGGGAGCUAAAGUGCACAGUUUGGGACUGGGACUCUAAUGGGAAACAUGACUUUAUCGGGGAGUAUCAGACCACGUUUAAGGAGAUGAGGGCGGAGCAGGAGGGAAAGCAGCUUCAAUGGGAGUGCAUCAACCCCAAAUACCAGAUGAAGAAGAAGAAUUACAGAAACUCUGGUGUUGUCAUGCUCAACCACUGUAAGAUCAUCAAAAUGUAUUCCUUCCUGGAAUACAUCAUGGGCGGCUGUCAAAUUCAGUUCACAGUGGCAAUAGACUUCACAGCAUCCAAUGGGGAUCCCAGAAACAGCUGCUCCCUUCACUACAUCCACCCCUACCAGCCCAACGAGUACCUCAAAGCUCUGGUGGCUGUGGGGGAGAUCUGCCAAGACUAUGACAGUGAUAAGAUGUUCCCAGCGUUCGGCUUCGGAGCUCUGAUACCACCUGACUUCAAGGUUUCACACGAUUUCGCCGUGAACUUCGAUGAGGACAAUCCUGAAUGUGCUGGGAUCCAAGGCGUCGUGGAGGCCUACCAGAAUUGCCUCCCCAAGAUCCAGCUGUACGGGCCCACCAACAUCGCCCCAAUCAUCCAGAAAGUGGCCUCGUCCGCCUCCGAGGAGAUGCACACCAAGGAGGCCAUGGAGUACUUCAUCCUGCUGAUCCUGACAGACGGCGUCAUCACCGACAUGGCGGACACGCGGGAGGCCAUUGUGCACGCCUCCCACCUGCCCAUGUCCGUCAUCAUCGUCGGCGUCGGCAACGCGGACUUCACGGACAUGCAGAUACUGGACGGGGACGACGGCAUCCUGCGCUCACCCAAGGGCGAGCCAGUGCUCCGCGACAUCGUCCAGUUCGUCCCGUUCAAGGACUUCAAACACGCCUCCCCAGCUGCCCUGGCUAAGAGCGUUUUGGCAGAAGUCCCCAACCAGGUGGUGGAUUACUACAACGCGAAAGGCAUCACACCCAAGUGUAUGUCAGACUAUGAGUCCACAAGAACGUUCAGCCCCUGACAAUGGACUGCCUGCAUACAUACACCUAAUUACACAUAUACAGCAUACUGUAUAUCAUAUAUACAUAGAAAUAUACAUUUAUUUACUGUAUAGUACAUAUACACAUGCAAAAGCACAAGUACACAUACACACAUGAACAAGCACACACAGGCGUACUACAUACUACAUACAGUAGUCUAGCUCAGAGAAUUAGAUUGUUCUGGUGAAAUAAUUUGAACUCCUCCAUUGAUGACUGUUGCAUGUGUGGCCAUGGCAUCACCUGGGAAAUUAUUACUCUCUACUGUAUAUCUGAAACGAUCUUUAUAGAAAUAAGAGCAGUCUUCUGAGCCAGCAUGCAGACUCAACCCAAUGCCUGCCCAAAGAAAUGACACUCUUACCUUAUUCAGAUAACUAGCAAGUACAUAUAGACCAAAAGAUCUGUGAGUAGAUGAACCAAAGUGUGUGACUGCAUAGCCCUAAAAGCUUAGAAUUAGCAUUGCAAAUCUUAUUAUGGGAAUGGUAGCGUCGCUGUUAGUGUACUGCAUAAAUGCAUGCAUAAUUUAGCCCCUGCUAAUAUCCUGUCUGCAGUAUCCUCUUGCUAGUUAUGAAAUAAAGUAUCUCUGUCAUUCCAGUGGCAUUCAAACUCGACUUGGGUGUUUCGGGUUCUUUUCUACAGAUCUGUUUGACAUUUUGCUAAAUGGAAAUGAACAACUGAAUAAUUGUAAUAAUUUCUUAAUAACCUUCUUACAUUGUAAAGAGUGCUGGGAGGUUAGACAAGCGUGUGUGGUAGAGACUCAUCUGUGAGCAAAAACUUCUGUAUUCUGCAUGUUGAUUAUAAUAAAGACACGUUGGUUUCUCA